UCAGAGACGAGAUCAGCGUGGUGAGAAGAGAGCAGCAGAACCAGACCAAGAGACGUGAAACAAGCGGCACCGUACUUUAAUGAGCACAUUUAAACGUUUGUUCUUGUUAAAGGAAAAGAGACUGACUGUCUCCAUCGUCCAAUCAGGAUGUUUGUUCUCAUCUGUGCGACUCUGCUCUUCUCUGUGAGACGCAUCACUGCUGCCACAGAUGGAUCAGUAACCUGGUGUUCUCUUAGUGAUAACUGUAUCACCGUAAGAAAAGGUGAUAUAGUUGCACAGGCUGGACUCUGUGUGGUCAUACCGUGUUCUUUCACCACUGCUCCUAGUUUUACAACCACACAUCUGGAGUGGUACAAAUGUGGACCAUCAAAUCAACCAUGUGUGGAUUCAAAGAUGAUAUUCAACUCUGACAAGAGCAGCAAGGACGUUCAGGCUGGGUUUAUGGGACGAGUUUCACUGCUGGAGCCUUAUGAAGGUCUGAAUAACUGCAGCAUCAUCAUCAAUGACCUCACUGAGUCAGACUCUGGAUCAUAUCGGCUCAGAGUUAAGGAUGUAAAAGAUCGGAGUGUAAAUGGAAUGACAUUCCAGCAAAAAGUCAACAUCUCUGUUAAAGGUCUGACCCAGAAGCCCACAGUGAGGAUUCCUCCUCUGACAGAGGGGCAGCAGAACACACUGAGCUGCACUGCUCCUGCUCUCUGCUCUGGAUCGGAUCCUGAGAUCACCUGGACGUGGAGAGGAGCAGGAGAGAAGGACUCUCCCAUCACAGGAAGCAUCACUGCUGUGAAGACCGAGAACCUGACUUCUGUCACACGGAGACGCAGCUCUACUUUCACCUUUAACCCUUCAGCUGAACACCACGGCACCAAUGUGACCUGUAAGGUCAGCUUCACCAACAACAUCACUACAGAGGAGACGGUGAUGGUGACCUAUAUGAAGAAACCUUUGAUCAGCGGAAACACAGCGGUUAAAGAAGGAGAUGUUCUCAAUCUGACCUGCAGUGCAGAUUGUUUCCCUCCAUCUCAUGUCACAUGGACUAAACUGAUUUUCAACGAACACCUGCCAAUCAAAAAUGUCCUGCAGGACGUCAGUGGAACAGCAACUGUUCUCAUCCCUAAUGUGACAGCAGAGUAUUCUGGUCAGUACGUCUGUACAGCGGAGCAAUGGAUCACUAAUGUGACUACAGCUGCUGAAGUAACCGUGACGUAUCUACAUGGACCAUGUGCAGAGCUUCCCUGGAUGGUGAUCGCUGUCAUUUCUCUCAUUGUGAACAUCAUCAUGAUCCUCUUGAUGUUUCUUUGGAACACGAGGAAAAAAGUGAAGCCAAACCAAGAGGACAGAACUUACAUGUCACUGAAGAAAACCGACCAAUCCUCAGAGUAUGAUGUCAUCGCUCGACCUCUGAACUAAGAAGCCUCAGCUUCCACUGAGGGAUCAACAAGAUGGUUCUUCCAUUCCUCCCUUCAACGUGUCUGAAGGUUCAUGAAUAUGGUUCCUAGACUUCUUUUAACUUUACUGUAACCUGUAUCCCACUUUGGACAGUGUUAUUAUUUUAUUGGUUUACAUUUCACGAACCAAUGAGCAUUUAAAUUGCAGCGAUGUUUAUAAGAUAAUAAAGAUUUGUUUUACCUAAUACAACUACUAUUUCUGCUAUUUAGAACUUUGAAUAUUUUUUCCAAAUGAUAUUGAACUUAAGGUAUUAGAGUAAAUGGCACAUUUGUUACUUAUAAAAACAUAAAGAGCCUAUAAAACAGUUAAUAUUAAAGUACUAUUAUAACACAUGACUAUAAAUAAUCGUUGUUCAAACAUUGUAGUUUCUGGUUUUCCUUAAUUGGCGAGUUGAUUGAUCAUGUCAGUGGAAGUGCUUUUCAAACUUAGAACUUGAAUUUAAUUUUGACCACAUGUUUGAUUUCUGUUGUCAUUUACUUUAAAUCAUGACCAAUACAACAUUAAUUAACUUUAGAGAUGUUUGGGUAUCAAUGUUUAAAUGGCCUACAAAUAAGGUGAUCAGAAUUGGUGAUUAUCUCUGCUUUAAUCUAUUUUUUGAAAAGUACGCCUGCAUGUUGCUUCUAUAUGUUUAGUUGCUAUUUAAAUCCUAAAAAUACAAAUUUAUUUUUAAUUGCUGGUUUAUUUUGAUGUAUAUCUACUUUCUUAAAGCCUUUCACUGUUCUAGUACAUUACUAUUAUAUAAUAGUAUUUAUUUGUCUCUUUUCUACAUGUUUUUCACAUAAACCUGUCCCUGCUUUUAAUAAUAAACAAUGUUAGCUU